GUUUGGGUUUGUAUGUAAGCCUUGUAAACAAUUGUUGCAUGUACUCCAUUUACUGAUUUUGAUUGAAUUACUGUGGACCAGUGAAUAACUAGAAUUCAUGAAAUGAAUUAUUUCGACAAACUAAGAUUAGAGGGAAAGAAAUUGGACGAAGGAAUCCAUAAAAUGACAGAAAUAUGGAACGCACCUCAUAUUCACAUUGGCAGGUCCUACACCAGGUAUACAGAAAAUACAGAAGACUUACAAGAAGCAGCAAAAGCAAAUGUAGCAGCUGAAGCUUUAUCAAAAUCUGUGGCUGAAUUAAAGGAAAGUUUGAUUGUAGAUCUCGAAAAGAGUGAACAAAACUUAUCAGAAAUGCGAAAAUUUAUGGAAGAAUCCUGGAGUAUAUUUGAAGAUAUAGAGCAACAAAGUAGCGAUAUAGAAGUACUCUUCACAGAAAAUGGAUACGUGCCAGGAUGCGAUGGGAAUGAGAUCGUAAAUAAGAGGGAAGAAAAAGAAGAUUUGACAACGAAUUCGACGAAUUCGGAUCACCCGGAAGUGGAAUGCACGCCCUACUUGUCCUGGAAAUCAAGAAUGAAGACAUUUGAUGCAUCAACGCCAACAGUAAACGGAUUUUCGAUUAAAAAAGAAAUUAAAGAAGAACCGACAAUAAAAUCUAUGAAGGAAGUAGAAAUUUCCAUAGCUCAAAAACUACGGAUGAGCAAUAAUAUAAUUCAAACGCCUCAUCGAAAUAGCCCACGAGAACCUAUUUUAUCUCGACAUUACUAUGAACUAGUACAGAAAAAGGAAUUUAGGGAUGAAAAAUUAUAAUUGCCAAUCAGGUCUAGUAGAUCAAUCAACUUUCCAUGAGAAUUCCAUAUUGAAAUUCAUGGAAUCAGAUUGGCAAAUCAGAGUUUAGAUUUAUACAUUUACAAAUAUCUAAUGCAAUAUUUUCCUCUGAUUCUCAUGUAAAAUUGUAAUUAUUAUAAGGAUACUUAUUUUAUUUAUCUUAGUUAUAUUGUACAUGCGCUGUAAUAGAGGGUGUAAUUAUUUUUAAUACUAAUGACAUGUUAAUACUUCUCAGUUUUAAAAUAAAUAUUUUUAAAUAAAAA